CUCCGCGUUCUGAUCUAGCGCCAAAGUCGUGUACGCCAGGCAAGGAGAUUCAUUUGGGCGUUGUUUUAUUGUACGAUUUAAGCAUGAAGGCGGGAAAAAACAAAUUCGGGAAAGAGGUUCUGGAGAAGCUGGAGCUGGUGAAAUCAAAAAAGAAUAUGACUUUGGAAGUUGAUCCUUUCACUAUUAAUGCCAGAGACGUGUCCGAGUUUGUAUUAAACGAAGUUCGUUUGACGGAGGAAGACGUGAAGAUGAUUCUUAUCGAGGGAAAACAAGCCGUUUCGGACAGCACAAUGAUAUCGGAGUUAAUUAGUCGGGGCGCACUCAAGCAGAUCGGACAGACUUACUUUGUGGAAUACCUUAUUCUGCCCUUUCCAGAGCUGGUCAACUCGGAAGCAGACUUGCACAUUAUUUUGAACAGCCUUGUCGGAGAAUUGUACGCGGAAGAAAGCGAUGUUAUUCCAGCGGGAAAACCGUCGGUCAACUGUACGAUGAUCUUGAGUUCCACCAGUCCAAUUGAGCAGACAAUUCAACCGGAGAUUGCAACCAUAGGGUUAUCAGUAGUCAACAACCUGGACACCUCAAAGGGGAUUUCGGCAGCCGGUAGCGACUCUGAUCGUAUCCGUUUGGGGAUUGAAGUCGAUCUGAAAGUCGAGGCAAACGACGACUUUCGGUCAACAAUUUGGAUAGUACGGAUUCUGCUCCCGUUCCCAUCGUAUCAACAUUUUCAGUUGCCAGAAAGAAAGAACCAAAGAACAAGCGGAUGAAGCUUUUGACACCUAGUAUGGCAGUGGCGCCUGCUUGUAUUGCCUCAGGAGGAAAUUUUGUGGAACAUCGUGGAAUGCUAACUUCCGCGCUGGCGCUUCCAAACGGACAAUGCGGUGCAAGUGCGCAAAACCGUUGUCUGAACAUACCUGUUCCGCGUACAUUGCCACCGAUGAAUAGUAAGGACGUCUUUAUGGAAAACAGAGCCUUACAGUCAAUGCCGCCGGCUAACAGUGGUCAGUGGGUUCUUACAUCUCGAGAACUUGCGUUAAUGUCGCAGUUGGUGGUCGGGCACCGCAAAGUCACAAUAACUUUUGACGACGGCGACGGCAAGUCCAAAACAGUAUGUGUAGACAAUUGCUCAUGAUGAUUAGAUCUCAUUGGCUCAAUGUGUCCAUUUGUCUGCAUUUCGGGUCGAUUAAUGUUUCCUUUAUUCGCGAAAUGUCGGUUACUUUUUUCGGUUGUCUAAGUACUUUUGGAUUGGCAUCUUAUUUUCAGUGCCGAUUUCUCUUG